AUGACUCCAGGCUAAAGAACACUACUUGGUGGUUUUAUUUUCUAACUUUUUGAUAAGACCCUUACUCUUGAGUCAUCAUAUAUAAUGAUUCCUCUUGAGCAGCUUGGUCAUAUGACUUUCAAUCCUGUUGCUGCAUAUUUAUACCCUAAAGUUGGACCUACAGUACUAAUCAUAGUGGGAUCAACAAUUGCAUUGGGAGGAAUAUUCGCUUCCUCGUUUGCUCAAAGCUUUCAAACCUUUGCUGCACUCUAUGGUGUGUUUUAUGGUUUGGGUAUAGGGAUUUCUUACAUGGCCCCGUUGAUGUGCGGUUGGGAGCAUUACCCACAUCGUAAGGGUUUAGUAAGUGGUAUCGUAAUUGGAGGCUUUGGCUUUGGAAGUUUUGUGUUUGACAUUAUCAGCACAUUUUUAGUAAACCCACAUGAUGAGCCACCCUCAAUCUAGGUCUAAACUGGUGAAACAGUUUAACUAUAUUUUGAUAAGGAUAUUUCAAGCAAAGCACCGGAUAUGUUAAGGAAACUUGUAGUUAUCUGGAUUGCAUUAGUCUUAUUGUCUUUGAUUCUAGUUAGAAGAUCUGCAGACCUAGACAAAAUGAAACAGGAAAAUCAGCAGCUUAAGAACAAAAAGAUCGACUACUUAUAAAGCUUAAAAUCAUAGCGCUUCUUGUGCAUGUGGAUUAUGCUCUUCUUAUCAAUGUUCUAUGGAAUGUUUAUGGCUAAUGCUUUUAAGUCACUAGGCGUAAAAAAUAAUCUAGAUGAUAUUACAUUAACCAUUGCAGGAUCGAUUGGGUCUAUUAUGAAUGGUGGUUCAAGAAUAUUCUGGCCAAUUCAAUAGGAUAAGUCAUCAUUUGAAUGGGUAAGAUAUCUCAUUUCCAAUUAACAUUUGCAGGUUUAUAAGAUAAUAUUAGUUACACAACUCCUUACCAGCACUACACUCUACUUUAUAGCUCAUAAUAAGAUUUUGUACAUCAUCUGGGUAGCUGUCUCUUUUUUCUGCUUAGGUGGUCAGUUCACUAUAUUUCCCACUGCAUGUGUUCACUAUUUUGGCCUUGAAAUAGGACCUAAAGUCUACGCAAUAUUAUUCACUGCUAUCGGCUCAUCAAGCUUAAUGGGAUAUUUCAUUGGAAAGUAUUUCCUUUAGAUAUUUGGCUAUGAGUUCUUCUUCGCUCUUUCAGCUAUGAUGACAUUGACCUCGCUUUUGAUAUUGAUGUUGGUGUUUCAGAGACUUAGACAAGGAGAUUGUUCAAAAGGUGAUGAAAUAAUGGAAGCUAAGUAGGCUUAAACUAAGAAAGUCUAGGGCAAUACAAGAGAUAGUGAAUAGGGAGGAAAUUUCCAAGUGCUAUCAGAAGGUCACGAUGACUGA